UUAUUUUUACAAUUCUCCGUUUAAUUGAAGUGAAUUAAAAUAUAUUUUUGCACUGUGUGUAACAUUGUCGCCUUCGUGAUCGAUCGAAAGUUGUUCGAUUGUGAGAAAUGAGUUAGUGAAGGAUCUAUGCAUUUUCAAAAUAUAAUCGCGAUCGAUAACAGUUAUAUAAACAAAGCACGACUGCACAAGCUUUCGAUAUUGCAUUUUUACAUUAUCCUUUCGAGAAAUUUCUUACUUUCCGUUUUGACAUCGUUUCCGAUUAUUAAAUACUAUCAUCUAUUCAUGAAGGUGUAGUUAACAUAAAAACGCGGGAACAGUAUUUUAAGAGUAAGUUUCAGUAAAAGUGAGUGAGAACGUCACUUAUAACUGGUUGCAAUCAGUUACGUCACCGUCACAAUAUCUAAGAGCCUUCUUAAAGAAAAACCAUGAAAAAAACAGUCGAAUAAAUGAAUAAAUACGUCACAGUAUAAGAAAUGCGCAUCACAAACGUGUGUUCGAGAAAGUGUAGGAGUGUUUACUCCACGCUCGAGAAGUGAUAGGAACUUGUCACGUUCGCUUGUGAUGACAUUUCCUAGAUCCUUGUUUUAAACUCAUUUCGAUUAAUUUUACUCAGAGCGAACAGUAUUGAUUUUAAUUUCAAUAAGCUGCCUCGUCUUCUUGUUUAAUAUUCACGAUUCAUGGAAGAAUGUCUUCAAACUUAAGAAAAAGGGGUUCUUCAAAAACAGACUUCCAAGGAGAAGUACAAUCAACCGAAGUGACUACAGUUUCUAAAGUAAAGAGGGCUGCGAAUCAAACUUCAAAUACUAAGGAUCGUGUCAAAACAAACACAAGAACCCUAACAAGAGCCAGAAGGGCAAUAACUAAUAAAAGUGAUCCAUCAUCUUUGAAAAAUGUCACACAGAGAAAGAAGAGAACGAGCAGAAAGAAGUCAGUUGAACAGGCAGACGUCAGCAUUCAAGUAGAUCAAAAGAAGUGUGUAACACAUAAUAAUACUAAGGUACCGAAAAAGGAAUCAGUCAAGAAAAGAAAAGUUAUUAAAGGAACGCGUGCAGGUGCUACGUCAAGACAAAUUUCCUUAAAGGAGUCAUUUCUGAAUCAAUCUAAAAUAGUGUUAAGGCCUCGUACAAAAUCUGGUACUGAUACACCGACAAAAAAAGUGAGUGAUAAUAAAAGAAAAGUGCCUAUUUAUGGUCGUGUUUCACCAGAAAAAAGUCAGAUUGAGAGGAACAGUGAGAUUUAUGAGUUUAAGUUUGAUAAGAAUGAUUCCAAAGAAAGAGUACGGAAGAAAGUUGCGAAGAAGAAGACUAUUGUUAAAAGGAAAGCAGCGAAUAGAAGGAAGAAAAAUAUUUCUGUAAAACGUGAUUUGGAAGCACCGAAAGCUGAUACAAAGAAACCAGUGAUUAGAGAUGAAUGUGAAAGUGUAGAAAAACCAGAUCCUGUGGAUUCUGCAAAGGAAGAACAUAAAGAAACUGAGUUAAAGAAAGAUUUAAAUGAUAUAAAAUCUGCAGCAGAUCUUGAGUUAAAUAAGGGAUCAGAAAAGUCAGAUGAUGCUGUACCGAGAAAAAUUGUGGGUGUUGGGAAACCUACAGUUCUCUCAGUAGAGAUUUUAAGCAAUGAAAGCGUUGCAACUCUAGAUAACUCAGAACCAUCGAAUCCAGAUGAUUUUAAACCGUUCAGGCCAACAAACAUUUUUAGUAAUAGAUUAACGGUUCCGCAAAGAAAUACAUUUAAUUGUUCUCUAUUUGAAAAGUCCUUAUCGCCAAUUAAGAGACCGACAGACAAUCUGCAAAUUAAUAAUAAUAGCCCCUGGAGAGUAUCACCGGUGUCUACACUUUCUCAGGUGAUGAAUGUGUAUCAAAGUACGCCUCAAAAUAAUAUUAACGACGUUCCCAAGGCAUUUCCGCGGAUAUUAAAGAACGAUCCAAGACAGUUUGGAAAUGUGUUGAAGGCUAGAAACAAUUUGCAGAAAAGUAACGACUCUGUAAUCUGCAAUACUCCAAAAAAGAAGAGCUCCUUGAUUUCGAGAAAAUUUGGUACAGAAAUUACGAAUAUCGAUCAUUCUUUGAAAUCCAAGUCCUCGAUAGAAAUAAGUGAACGAACGUCAGCUAAAUCUAACGAAGACGUUGAAAACUUAAUCACCUCGAAUGUGAAUAUAUUAAAACCCGUCGACAAAAAGAGUAAUAUUUUGAGUCCGAAAAAGGAAAGUCCUCUUAAAAAAAGUAACGCAAUGGUAGUUAAAGCCAACGUUUAUGUAGCGGAUGAGCAGAAGGAAAAUCUUGAUCCUCUGCCUGGACCCUCGGGCUUGAAAAGUACUCGAAUUUCUAACGAGCAACAUGUAUUGCGGCAAUCGAACUUAAACAAUUUCUUGAAUUUAACAGAAACACCGCAGAGUGCAACGAUCAGAACUCCUCAUGGAAUAUUCGACGACCCGGAAUCGAUAUCCAUCCCUGGCAAAUCUUUAAAUAAGCCCGAUACAUCUAAUAUAGAAUUGAAAACCGCGUUCGGUUUUGAUGAGAAUUCCAAUCCCGAAUGCAUAACUAUAAAUAACACGCCUGUAUCGUCGAAUCUGAAAUCGUUGAACGAAAAAUCUGUUGCAAGGUUAUCAGUUAACGAGAUAAAAAAUGUAUUACUGAAGAUAGAUGAAAUUAGAAAUGAACAUAACGUGGAGAACGUAGUAGUCAAGAAAAAAGUAAUGAAGUCACCUGUCCAACGAAAAGUCGAGGCCAUCAAUUUUUCUGACACGUUUGACGUAUUAUCUGAAGCGGGCGAUACAACAGCACCUUCGGCGACCGAGGUACCGCUAUUUACCGAUUGCGAGCCAGUUCAUUUCAAAGAGCCGCCGCGAUAUUCGUACAAGCGGAAGCAGAUAAGGCGAUUUGAUUUUUCGGAUAACGAAAGUGAAAACGAAGGAGAAGAGGAGAUCGUACAUCCAAGAAAGCGAAAGAAAACCAAUAAACUGAAGAACCAACAGGAUAAGAGAUUGAUAGAAUGGAUUAAGGACAUUAAUAGAACGUUUCACGAGAUAGACGAGCAUGAACUUGUGGUCGAGUAAAUUAUCGUUAACUCUUACAAUUUUAUACCUGCCGUCUUAGCUCUCUCUUUUUUUUUUUAUAUAUUACGCAUUUUUUUUACCUUCUCGUUUCUAAUAAUAUAUAAGUUUUUAAAAUGGCAAUAGACAGAAUGUAGUAACUUCAUGCGGAACUAAGUAAAUUUUAAGAUAUUUGCUAGGAUUUUACAACUAUCUGUACGUAAUUUAUUAUAGCCUUAUCAUUCGUUUUAUAAGUGUAUCUUGUAUAUUUUUAAUAUAAGCUAAACUGUACUAUAAGUAUAAUCAGUAAGCAUGUAUUGAUAGAAAAUAGAUAUUCUUAACAUACGACUGUGUUCUGAUUUAUAAAAUUACAUACGUGCAAUCAU